CGCCCGCCCGCUCGCCUUCGCGCCGCGCGCCGACCACCGACGCCGAGAUGGGCUCCCUCGGCGGCUACGUCUCCCCCUACGGCGUCUAUCUCGACCCGGAGCGCGUCUUCUUGCUCGUCAUCAACCGCCGGCCCCGGGACCUCUUCAACUACGUGCACUCCAUCCCCGGAGCGCCCGCGGACCUACGAUGCCGCCUCGUCGGCUUCGCCGAGAGGGCUCUCCAGGCGCCGCGGCUGGGAAACUGGUGGCCCGACGAGAGCUCGUGGACACUGUAUUGGGCCAUGUACACGUGGGCUCACGCAGACGCAAUGCUUAACAGAUUUGUUACUGGUGGAAUGAACGGUUUGGUUUAGUAUGAUGGUGCACAGAAUUGUUGCUAUUGGAGUCAGUUACCUUUACGUGCUUAAGCACUCAGUAAAUUGUCUGCUGUACAGAAUUUGCAUGCUGUUGGAACAGAUGGUCUGGUUUAGAGUUUUCGUAUAGUGCGAAAAAGAUCAAUCGUAACUGGAAUGGAUCAGUCUGUUAAGUUUUAUCCAAUGCUGUUCUUGACCUAAAAGAUUUGGUUCAGUCCUGUAAGAGAACACCUUUUUUAUGUCUAAUUCUUUUCCUGGAAGUUCCUAGAAGUGGCAAGGUGCGCAUCACACUGGGAAAUUAUAUUUGUCAAGUGGAAGAAAAUGAAGUAUCAAGCUCUGAUCCUCACUGCUUAGAUUUUAUAGAGAUGUACAAAAGUUUUAUUUUCAGAACUGUUGCUUAUUUGGUGAAACCUUGGACAGAAGGCCCAGUCCCAAACUUUGUUGACAGUUUAGCAGUGUGCGAGUGCGACAAUGGUUUGCUUGGUUGAAAGGAUAUGGACAGGACAGGAUUAACGAAAAAAUUGCUUUGAGAAAACACACAAAAAAAAGGGUAGUAACAAGAGUUUGUUGGCCUGAUAUUUUCUGAUAGCAGUAUUUAUCUUCCUGGUUGGUAUUAUUUUUUCUAAACCAGCUUAUAGGCAGGAUUACUUUUUUUCUCCUGAAGGAAUUAUAAUUAUGCCAACUUAAUACCCAUUGUGUUUCUGCCUUUCAGUUUAAUAGAACCAUAUUCUAUCUUAGGAUUCAGUUUUUUUGUCUGUUACAGUUAGUAUUUCAACCUGACAACAAGCAUCAUCAAGACGAAGGCUUGAUAAAUAUUUGUUUCUAUGUUGCCAUUUGGUAGGAAUUUAAGCAGUACUGUAGUUAAUAAUAGAAAAGCUGUAGGAAGCAGGAGGGAACAUGACUAUCCCUGACCCAUUCAUCACUUGUAUUUGACAAAAAAGCAGUUUGAUCUAACUGAAUAUGGCAUUAUGUGAGCUCAGCCCUGCACAUGAGCUAUCUAAUUUUUGCUGUUGUUUGCAGACUUUGUGCGCCUCAGAUAUCUGGUAAUCCAUCCAAUUUCGAUGCAGUGCCCAGAAAUGCUGCAAUGCUUAAUCAAUUGUAUGCUUCUAGCUCAAGCACUCCAACUGCAACGCUUUCUCCACAACAGGAAGAUGUGAUCAAUUUUCUGAUCUCACGUGCCAGACCGCUUAAUCGAACAUCUGCUUUUAACUGGGCAACUCAUACUUCAGAUUUUGCUCAACGGGGGACUGAUUCUACUCUUGCACUGGCAUUUGGAAACCUAUCUCUGGGCCAACCGGGAUCCCAGCAAAUGGCUCCACGGGAGCUGAUGCAGAACAGCUAUGGUACACCUGCAAUGAGAGUACCAUCUCUGCACCAACCUGGACCAGCGCAACUCACUCCACAGGGGAUGAUGCAGAACAGAGAAGUGCUGCCCGCAGUAGAUGUCAAAGGAAAGGGACCUGCAUUAGGAGUAGGCCAGCAAGACCUGCGGGUCCAUGUGGCUUGUUUGAUGGCAGAUGACGGCACUACAGGUGCUGCAGGGUUGUUGAUCAAGAGGGAAACAUGGCAGUUCAUCUGCGCGUUAUGUUUUCCGAUGCGGAGCACAGAGGAGACGGUUCUUUUUGCAGCUGCUUGUUGUGAAGGGAUCAAAGUUGCUCAGGCCUAUCAACCUACUAGCAUUGUACUGGAGUCCCAUCUAUUCCAUCUGGUCGACCUGCUACUUGGCGGCGCUCAUGCUCCCUGCCGAGAUAUGGAAGAGUUGACGACAUUACUGCAUCUCUCACAUUGCAGAGUGCAGCACAUCACGGAAGAUUCCAAUGGUGCUGCUCGUCGACUGGCCAUGCAUUGUUUGCUGUCAGAGGAGGCCGAGAUAUACUUCAGUGCUCCUGAUUGGCUUGUCCUUACUUAGCUGGUUGCCAAGAUCAGUUAUGUUAGUUACUCUGGUAUAGAGAAUGAUUCACAGACUACUCUAUAGGAAGUUAGAAAGAGGCGGUAAAUGCUGUAGAUGGCAACUGCAGGCUUGAUAGAGUUUAGAUGCAGAGGUUUGCGAGCAUUCAGCAAGUGUAGAUACAGCUGAAUAGCAUUCUUUCAGUGCCCAUGUGGGGAAAAACACAGGCAGCUGUGCCCGCAAUGGUACAUCGAUGAACUGUGUAACUGCUAGUUCUGAGUGCUGUGAUGUAAACUUGUGUAAGAGUAGGGCCACUGGGCCAGGCACUGAUUCUUGUAUGAGAUAGAAGAAAGGGUUUCAGUUUCACUUGGCGUGCUGCCUUUCGUUGGG